CAAAAUGUAUUAGGAAUCUGUAAUUUUGAUAUGAUAUUCACGUUCGUAUGGGCCGGAUGGGAGGGUAUUGCACAUGAUUCACGUGUUUUGAAAGAAGUUGCAUUUAAUCCGAGUUCCGGCUUUUAUUUCCCCCCACCAGAAAAAUAUUACCUUUGCGAUGCCGCAUACACCAACACUCGUGGGUUUAUGACUCCCUACCGUAAUACGAGAUAUUGGUUAGCCGAUUUUCGACGACAACGUGCAUUGACUAAGGAAGAAAAGUUCAACCAUGCUCACGCACAACUCAGAAAUGUGAUUGAACGCGCAUAUGGUGUUUUGAAGGCAAGAUUCCCAAUCCUAAAACAAAUGGCCCCCUUUUCAUUUCCAAUACAAAGAGACAUAGUGAUUGCGUGUUUCGCCAUCCAUAACUUUAUAAGGAAAUGGAAUAUUCAUGAUCAGUUAUUUGUGGAGUACAACGAGAACACUUUUUUGGAGAAAUGCAACAGGAGGAAAGUGAUGGCCAGUUUGUUCACGACAUGGAAUGGGGCUCACAAGGCAUUGAAUAUAUGACUACUUUGCGUGACGAGAUAGCUACUCAAUUAAUGUCAAAUGCUUAAAACCCAAAUUGUACGCGAAUUAUUAAUUUCUACUUGGAUUAGUAUGUUUUCAAGAA